AAUAUGAGAUUACAGUAACACUUGCCAUAUCUUUCUUAGGAAUCAGAAUUGACUGUACUGCUCUAGUUUUAGUUCUAAAGUGAUAGCUCAGGCCGUGUCUUAACUUUUCAGUUGCAUAGGAGACUUUUAUCCACACGAAUCAAGACCUUCCUUAUUUGAUCAGAUAUGUCAUCUUCAAGAUGAAGAUUUUGGAUUCAUCUCUGGAGUAACUAAAUAGUCAUAAUCUGACAAUGAACCUGAUCCGAGAUCGGUGGGCUUAUCCCAACAUGGAAAUGAAUGAAGUUCGUAAUUAUAACUUGGAACUGGUAAAGCAUGGUACUUCUCCACGAUGGCAAAAGAGAAAGUCUACAUUAAUUACAAGCAAAUGUGGAGAAAAUACAUCUCCAUUUUUUGUAGCCCGCGCCAUUGCUAUAGCUAUGGGGAUCCAUUUCAUUAUAAUGGUAAUGAUAUGCAGUGCCAUAUUCAUACAUUCAUUAUUCAACCAAGAAGCUCCAAUUUCUUUGCAAGGAAGUUAUUGUGGCCCAUGUCCUAAAAACUGGAUAUGUUAUAAAAAUAACUGUUACCAAUUUUUUAAUGAGAGCAAAAACUGGUACCAGAGCCAAGCUUCUUGUAUGUCUCAAAAUUCCAGUCUCCUGAAGAUAUACAGCAGAGAAGAUCAGGACUUCUUUAAAUUAGUGAAAUCAUACCAUUGGAUGGGACUGAUACAAAUUCCAGCAAAUGGAUCUUGGCAGUGGGAAGAUGGCACCAUUCUCUUACAGAACCAGUUCCUGGCAGAAUACAAAUCACCAGACUCUGAAGCAAAAUAGAUACACAGAUAUAACUAUCUCUACAUGAAAAAAUAAAUAAAUUAACAAUGGUUGAAAUGCAGAAUGGAACCUGUGCAGUUUAUGGAUCAAGUUUUAAAGGUUAUACUGAAAACUGUUCAACUCCAAACACAUACAUCUGCAUGCAAAGGACUGUAUAAAUGCUUAUGAUUUAUGAAAAAUAAAGAAUUCAAGAGCAUAAAAGCCAUUCUUGGGGUGCUAGUGUGGCUCAGUCUGUUAAGGCUCUAUCUUUAGCUCAGGUCAUGAUUGCAGGGUCCUGGGAUGAGCCUCAAGUCAAGUGCUCAGCAGGGAGCCUGCUUCUCCCUCUGCUCCACCCCCUCCUCAUUCUUGCGUGUGCUCUCUCUCUCACUGUCACUCUAUCUCAACUAAAUAAAAAUAAAAUCUUUUAAAGAAAUAA